GGCAGGAGUUUGAUAAGAAAGCGCUGCUGGAUUUCCGGGACAUUAUAUAUGAGAAUAUAUUAAAGACUGCUGGCAACACUGAGUAUCGAGGCAAAAUAAACCAGCUCACGACCACAGCAAGUUUUGGUCUCAUGUCCUCCUUCCAGUAUCUUGACCGAUACACCAUCUUGUUAGCUGCAAAUACCUACGAACCUAACCCCAAUUCAACACUGGUCGUUCGAGCCGGAGGCAGCUCCCAACCUGCUAUAAUACUUCUCCUCGGCUGGAGAGAAGUGAAGACCUCUCACCUGAAUUUUUCCCCUACAACCAACUGGAGUCCUCCAUCCAACCACCUCAUACAGAAUUCAGAGCUUUACAGGUUUAAAGAGAGAAGCUACUAAUAUCACAGGAAAUUCUACAGGAGAGCCUGAGAGAACUUAAAGAAGCGAGGAGUGAUAUCAAAGCACUGAUUGAAGCUGCUCACUCACUGAAGGAGGACAUGGCUCAGCUGGCUUCCUCAAAAUAUACCACUCAUCAGCCCCCUAUGAGUAGCUCAGAAAGGGUGUACAACACCAUCACUAACACAAGGCCGAUUAAAGAUGAAGAUGAGGAGCGGCCUGAUCCAUCUCCGUGGCCUGAACCUGAAGAGGAGCUGCACACAGGAUCCUCCCAACUAAAGGUUGAAGAACAGCAUUCAGAUUAUGGCUUACAGUACUACCCCCCUCCUAUUAUAGCAUCUUUGCCCCGUAAAUCUUGUCUGCCGACACGCAUCCCCCAGGCUCAGAAUCAUAGAAGAAACGUCUUCCAUGCUCCGUCGCAACAUUUUGAGCCAUGUUACGCUGGACAUCAAGUCAUGCAGGUCUGUUGCAACCAAAGCCUGUUCCAGCUAACUCCCCUACUCCAGUCACAGGGGCUGCGUGUGAGAUGUCAAAUUGGCACAAUUCAGCUCCACCUCCUUCAGCUGAGUUAGUGUAUAGGGGGCCCAAACCAACAAUUCCAAAGUUUAUUCAUCCAGAUCCUUCUGAGUUUGCCAGGCUCCGGAUGGCCCUGGAAAACCUACUCCCUCCUAAUGCAACUGAGGUCUUUAAGUAUCAAAUACCUGUGGACCAUCUUAAGUUUGAUGAAGCUCGGCUAAUAGCUGACGCUUACCUGAACUCACCAAAGCCUUAUACUGACACCAUGGCUGCCCUCCAUGAUAAAUUUGGACAACCACAUCAGCUCGCCUUAAGGAAAAUAGCAAGUGUCUUAGAUGGCCCAGAAAUAAGGCGAGGUGAUAUAGCAGCCUUCCAAAGGUUCUCUCUCCAGGUGCAAUCCCUAGUUGGUCUGUUGCAAACAUUAGGACUUGAGGGAGAAGUAGAACUGAACUGUGGCUCUCACGUUGCCCGUCUGAUAAGCAAGCUCCCUCCAGAGCAAAGAGCUGACUUUCAUCGACAUCAGUUCAAACUACCUGGCACCACCUACACCCUGUAUGACUUAUCUGAAUGGCUUCGUCAUGAGUCAUGGUGCCAGGGGUUUGAUAGCCAAGAUGGUGGGAAGGGUAGUAGAGACCGGACCUGCAGAAAGGCAGAUGCCCAUCCCUUCAAACAGACUGUAACAGUCCUACACAAUGUGAAAGGACCCCCAGAACACACUUCCCUGCCUCCAAAGGAGAGUAGAGCUAGAGGGAAGAUUAAGAGCAAAGCCUAUUGUGCCUACUGUGAGAGCACAGAACAUUAUUUCAGUCAAUGUGAUGGUGUAGUUAAGCUCUCCAAAGAAGAAAUAAAGAACUGGAUUCAAGUUAACAAAUGAUGCUGGCGUUGUGCCCAAAACCACCUAGCUGCUCAGUGCACACUGAAGAAACCCUGCAGCCUUUCCCAAGGAAAACACCUUCUAGCUCUUCACGAGGUAAAUGCCAGAACUGAAAGAAACGACAUGGGUGUUGCUGCAAAGGAAGAAAGUUGCCUUACCAAUUCAGCGUCAGGUUCCCUCUACUUAGAUCGACAUGGGGUCAGCCAUCGUGCCCUGCUUAAGAUUGUACCUGUGGUUUUAAGUUAUGGGCAACGCACUCUAGAUACCUUUGCAAUCCUGGAUCACGGUUCCGAGAGGACCAUACUGCUCCCGGCUGCUGCAAAAAUCCUUGGUCUGAGGACCUUCCAUUACGCACUGUACACUACGAUAUUCAGAUGCUUCGUGGACGUAAUGUAUCUUUCAGUGUCACAGCAGCUAACCAUCCUGGGUUGCAACACAAGAUUGAGGGAGCAUUCACAGCUGACUGCCUCAACUUAGCUCAUCAUACAUAUCCUAUUGAUCAGCUACAGAGGAAGUAUAAACACCUGCAAGGGAUCCCAGUGCCGGCGUUGAAGCGAGCCAAGCCGCUACUCCUUAUUGGUUCAGACCAGCCGCAUCCUAUGGAACCGGUUCGGCUUGGCCCACCUGGCAGUCCAGCAGCUGUCCAUACUCGACUGGGGUGGACCCUUCAGGGGCCAAGUCUUUUGAUGGGGUGGCCAACACAGCCUACCCUAUGUUUAUACACAUCCUCCCAGUCGGAUGAGUUAUUUAAGCAUGUAGAGCGGCUCUGUCAGAUGGAUGCAGUACCUUACACAUCUGAGAAGGAAGUGACCCGGUCAAAGCAGGAUCUUCAAGCUGUGGCUCUGCUCGAAGCUCAAACGGUUUGCAUAAUGGUGGAUGGCAUGCUGAGGUAUGCCACACCUCUCCUUCGCCAUGCACAGAUGCCACAAUUGAAUGCACCAAAGGAAUCUGUCAUGGCUAUGCUUUGAAGCACAGAGAGACGCCUAUUAAAGGAUUCCCGUCAGGCUGAAGCCUACAGAGCAGAAAUGCAGAAGUUGAUUCAAUCUGGAGCUGUAAAAGAAGUAACACCAAGCACCUCAUCAACAGAGAACUGGUACAUUCCCCAUCAUCUCGUCAGACAUAAUGGGAAUAAUCGCCUGGUUUUCAACUGCUCUCAUAAAUACCUUGGACAGUCCCUGAAUCAGUUUCUGCUGCCUGGCCCCACACUUGGAGCCCCCUUACUAGGAGUCCUAGUCAGGUUCCGUGAAUAUCCCAUUGGGGGGGUGGAAAUAUCAAAGGGAUGUUCCAUCAAGUACUUCUCCAGAAGGAUCGCCCCCUAUUGAAGUUCCUUUGGUGGGAUUUAAAGGUGGAUGAACCUCCUAAAAUCUUUGAGUGGCAGGUCCUGCCCUUUGGGACAACCUCAAGCACCUGCUGUGCAACAUUCGCUCUACUGCGUCAUGUGACAGAACACACCCAGCCCGAUGACAACCUAAGAUUCUCCAUUGAGAAAUGUUUCUACGUAGACAACUGUCUGCAGAGUGUUGGUUCACCUACAGAAGCCAAAAUCCUUGUAAACCGACUGAGGGAACUGCUAAAAUCAGCCGGCUUUGAGUUACGUCAGUGGGCUUGUAAUGACCCCAGUGUUGUGAAUCAUCUGCCUCCCGAAGCGAGAUCGCAAAGUCUGGAUCUGUGGCUGGCAGAAGACAAAUCCAACUCUUCAGAGACAACACUCGGGCUCAGUUGAGACUGGAAUACAGACACCUUGGGCUAUAAGCACAGACCUGUGUCCUAUGAGAUGCUAACCCUUCGAAACAUCUACAGAGUUCUAGCAUCACAGAGGGAAGGCUCUAGCAGAACUCAACGUGCCAAACACGUGGUCAGAUGGACCCCCCUUUCUGCUCCACAGUCCCAACACAUGGCCAGAAAAGCCCAACUCUGAGCCCCUAAAUGAGGAAUCAGAGCUCAGAAAGACUAUCUUCUGUGGAACAGUGACCACCUCCACACCUGCCUGUCAGGAUGGAAUGGAGUACAAGUCCUGGCAGGAGCUCUUGGAUGUAAUUGUUAAGGAACAUCAAGAGCAAAUGCUCUCACCUUCUCUACCUAAUGCUGAGGAAUAUCAAGCUGCUGAACAGGCCAUCCUUAGACGAGCUUAACAGGAGUCAUUUCCAGAGGAGUGUCAUUUGCUUGUUGAAGCAAAACCUGUUCCAUCCAGAAGUUGGUUAUUCACCUUGGCACCUGAACUGGAUACCUCAGCAGGCCUUAUCAGAGUAGGAGGUCGAUUACGACGUCUAGGAGGUCUUGAUGGAUCGACCCCACAUCCUAUUGUCCUGGACCCUACUCACUCCUUCACACGUCUUCUCGUCCAGAAAUAUGACAUCGAUCUCCAUCAUCCAGGCCCUGAACGGAUCUUUGCAGAGCUGCAGAGAUCUUACUGGAUACUGUUUGGAAGAGAAGCAAUACGUAAAUAUCAGCGCACCUGUCCUGGGUGCCAGCGUUGGAGGACUCAACCCUCAAUUCCAAAGAUGGCUGACCUUCCUGUCGCUCGGCUUAGGCUAUAUAAGCCAGCCUUUUACUCCACUGGUGUGGACUGUUUUGGGCCCAUGAUAGUGAAAAUAGGAAGACGGCAGGAGAAACGCUGGGGUAUCAUUUUCAAGUGUCUGACAACGAGGGCAGUACACUUGGAUCUCCCAAGUAGCCUGGAUGCAGAUUCUUUCCUUAUGGCCCUGAGGCGAUUCAUCGCCAGGAAAGGAAAGCCUGCAGAGCUGUGGUCUGACUGUGGGACCAAUUUUAAGGGAGGUGAUUGAGAACUCAGAGAAGCCUUUGCCAACAUGUCAGAGACGCAGGGGCAGCUAGCCUCCCAGAAGAUUAAAUUUCAGUUUAAUCCCCCAGCAGCCCCACAUUUUGGUGUGGGAACGAGAGGUUCGUUUAGUGAAGUCAGCUCUCCGAACCUGUGUGGGUUCCCAACCUCUUCAGGAGGAGGUACUUCUGAUAGUUCUUCUGGAGGUGGAAUCAAUAUUUGAAUUCAAAGCCUUUGGGCUAUGUAUCAACUGAUGUGGCAGAUGUGGACCCUGUGACUCCUAAUAGUCUCCUCAUGGGGCGGCCUGAUGGAUCUCUACCUCAAGUGGUSUACCCAGAGAUAGAAAACCUCAGUCGAAGAUGUUGGCGGCACUCACAGAUUCUCGCUGAUCACUUCUGGGCCAGGUUCAUCAGAGAAUACCUUCCUGGCUUACUGACAAGACACAAAUGGCAAUCAAACCCUCCUGAACUUCUGCAAAAUGCCGUCGUUAUGGUUGUGGAUCCCCAGUUGCCCCGAGCCUUAUGGCUGAUAGGUCAUGUAAUCAAGAUUCAUCGGAGCGAUGAUGGACUUAUCAGAUCUGCGGAUGUGAAAGUUAAUGGACAUGUCUACACAAGGCCAGUUGCUCGGUUGGUCGUUUUACCAGCCGUGCCAGCUGAAGGAAAGGACACUGAAAAGAGCAGCCAGUCGCUCCCCCAAGACUAAUAAAACCUUUUAUGUUUGGCAAAUGUGUAACCACAUUUGGGGGUGGCUGUAUAAAAGGCUCUGAUUUUUUCUGUAUUUUAUUUUGUAAUAGUGGUUUAGAGGUCAUUCUAGGAAGUGACAUAAGCCUGAGUUAGUACUGAGCUAGCGCUCACCAUGGCAACCUAAUAUACCUCCGGAUCAGUUUGUUGCAUUUUCCAACCGUGAG